UUAACCGUUUUUAUUUUUUUAAUUUGGCAAUACUUUUUAUACAAUUUCAUUAAAACAAAUUUAAAAAAGAAUCUUGUCGAUAAUUAAAAACACAAUCAUUAAGCUUGCACCUCUCCACCGUAUUCUCGUCAUGAAUUCUAAUGAAAACUCCAAGAAGAAGCCGCAAAACAUUAAAAAACAACCUGUGCAAAGUGAUACAAAUGAUUCUGGCCAUGGAGGCAGUGAUACAACCUAUACCGCUUCCACCCCCACACCAGUGGAGACAAUGACUUCAAGAGAUUUUCAUUUAGAUUAUAAUGCCCAUGUCGAAAUGAUGAAUCAAAUGCUUAAGGACACCGUACGUAUUGAUAAUUUCAAGGCGGCCAUUCUGCACAAUAAACAUUUGUUUAAAGGAAAAUGUGUUUUGAACAUUGGCUGUGGCACCGGUAUUUUUGCCCUGUUUGCCGCCAAAGCUGGUGCUGCAAAAGUUUUUGCUGUAGAUCCUUCAAAUGUUGUAUAUUACACACGCCAAAUUGUGCAGGCCAAUGGUUAUGAGGGAGUGAUUGAAGUCAUUAAGGGUAAAAUAGAAGAAGUAGAUUUGCCCGUGAAGGAGGUGGAUAUCAUAGUUUGUGAUUGGAUGGGUUAUGCCUUGCUGUAUCAGGCGAUUUGUGAUUCUGUUAUUUUUGCUCGUGAUAAGUGGUUGAAAAAGCCAGGUGGUUUAAUAUUUCCCGAUCAAGGCAAGUUGUAUAUGGUGGCUUUGGAGGAUACUAAACAUAAAAAUGGUAACAUUAAUUGGUGGUCAAAUGUUUAUGGUUUCAAUAUGAGAUGUUUGCGAGAGGUGGCUUUAAUUGAACCGCGCUAUCAAAGUAUUCGACCAGAUCAGGUGAUGAGCAAACAAUUUCCCAUCAAAUCUUUAAACCUCAAUACAGCUACUCUGGAUGAUCUGAAAUUUCGCAGUAAAUUUAUGCUGCCCAUACAAAAGACGGGACAUAUGGACGGUAUAGCUCUCUAUUUUCAUGUAUAUUUUACAAAAUCUCAUACCCCAUUGGGAUUUAGUACGGAUCCCUGGUCACCGCGUACCAAUUGGUUGCAAACCAUACUAUUUUUCGAUCAAUCAUUGCCCAUCAACUCGGGCUCUUUAUAUUACGGUGGUAUAGAAUUCAUACCCAAAGAAGGCGGUAAUCUUAACGAUAUUACUGUUAAUUUGGAAAUGUUAAUGGGUGAUCCAACACAAGCCGAUAUUGAAGUUGAAAUGUCUUGGCAUUUUAAAUUAGCCACAGCAGCAGCAGCGAUCAGUGAUAGUAAAGCUAAAACUUUAGACAAUAAUAAAGAUAAAAGUAAAUGUAAUAAUUUAAAAACAAUUAAGAAACCAAAUAUUGAAGAAAAUUCAAGUAAUAAUCACAAAAAUGAAUCUAAAUUAUCUAAUGAUAUAACAAAAGUGCCUAAAAUUCCUGAUAAUAGUAACCAAAAUACCUUAACAAAUCAAAAUUCUAUUAUAUGUUCGGGUUUAGUAGUGACCACAGAUAACUUAAACAACACCAUAACAAUUGGCAAACAUAAUUAUCCUUGUCGCAAGAAUAAACGCAAUAAAAGUAAGUACCCAAAAAAGGGUUAAUUAUUUCCUUUUCUACGGUUUUAAUUUAGUUUACGUAGUUAAUAAUUAAUUAAUUAAAUGAUUAUUAACUUAAAUGUUCAUUAACUUGCUAUGUUUUGUUAUUUGAUUAAUAUUUUUUAUAUUAAAAGGUUUGUUUAAUUAGCAAAUCUUUAUUGUUAUUUAUUUUUUAAUUUAUUAAUUCUUUUUUUUUUUAAUUGAAGUACAUAUUUUAAAGAAUUUUAUUUAAACUUUUAUUAGUUUCCUAAUUUUGUUAAAAAUAGCAAGUUAAUGAAUAUGUAAAAACUAUUUUUCCUUUUCAACAUUCUUUAUUUGUUUUCAUUUAAUUUUAUUAGUUUUGUUUUCCAUUUAUAAAAAUGAAUUAUUAGAAAAGUUUUUAAAACAUCCUAAUUUUAUUUUAAUUUUUUUAAUCACUUUAACUUAUUUCCUAAGUUGACCCUAAUCUUUUGUUUUUUAAAGUAGAAUUUUUAAAAUUCCUAACAUUAGUGGUGAUGAGGUUUCGCUUCGUAAAGCAAUAACUUUCGUUUAAAAAAUUAUUAAAUGAAGAAAAUUAUAAAAUUAUAAAAUGAAUUCAUUAAACCGAGAAAAUUAUACAUAAAUUUAUAAAAAAAAACAAAUACCCAAAUAAUAAAUAUUGUAGAAUUAUAAAAAGAAUAAAUUUGUAAAAUUAAUAAUACUUUGGAAAAGUAUUUGGCAAAUAAAUUAUAAAAUACUUUUUGUACAUAUCGAGAAAACUUUAAACUUACAUGGUGGUUCUAAGGAAAAUUUAUAAAAAAAAAAAAAUAUGAAAUUUGAAUUGUCGAUACAAAACAGCCAUAUAAUUAAUAUCGAAUUAUAUUUUUUUUAAUAAAAAUCUAAAUUUUAAAGCUGUG